CUUGCAUGGAAGCUGUAGAAAGAGAUUUUGCUUUGCAGGAUGAGAGUUUAAAAAUUACAAAUACUUUACGUUACUGUGCUAAUCAUCUUAAAGAUUGUUCUUAUUUUGCUGCAAAACAUUCACCUGAACAAAUACAAAAUAUUAUUAACUUGGCUACAUCUUCAACAUCAAACAAACAUCUUUUAAUGAAAAUUUGUCUCCCUCAAAAAGACAAACAAGUAUUAUCUCAAUAUAUUGGCCAUCCUCUUAAUGCUUCUGAAGUUUUCAAAUUUGAACGUCUUGUGCUUCAGGCAACAAUCUCAGCUGAAAAUCCUGAAGUUAAAGAAUUAUUUCAUUUUAUUUCACCAUAUCUGAAAUUACCCAACCAAAGAUCACUUAGCAAUUGUAUUUUAAUGAAUGCAACUAAUAAAGUUCAAACAACAAUUAAAGAACUUGUCUGCAAGGAUAAGAUUGGUAAUAUGAUUGCCUUUGAUGGUUGGCGCAAUAUUGUUAAUGAAGAAUUAAUGGGUGUAGUAUUUAUUACAUCUUCAGGAAAAACUUUAAUUUGGGCGGCUCGUCAUUGUUUAAAGCGUGAAAUGCAGGACAAGGUGUUUAUUCCAUGCUUUGCACAUCAAGCAAAUUGUUGUGUGGGUGAUAUAUUUAAAGAAUCUGUAAUAUUCAAAAAUACAAGCAAGCGUGCACUUCGUAUUGUUGCUUUUUUUUACUGUUCUGUGUAUUUUACUGCUAAGCUUCAUGACGAACAAAAGAAUACUCUUGUUACCAAAGAUGAUGUAGCCUCUGAUGAUGAUUUAAAACUUCUAGCUGAUAUCAAAGCCGCUAUUAAUUGUGAUUCAUUUUGGGACUCUCUUGUAAUAUUAUGUAAUAUGCUUCGUCCUUUUUGUGGAGCUCUUGAUCUUAUGCAGCGUGAUAAAGCACAUUUUCAUAAUUUAUCAUAUUAUUACAAAGUUUGGUUUGAUAAUAAUCCAAAUUGUUUACUUCGUGAACUUGAACUUUAUAACCAACAAAAAUAUCCUUUUAUCGAAAAAACUUUUAACCAUUUUAAGGGUGAUAUUAUUCUUUGGUGGUCAUAUAAUUCCGGUGCUGCACCAGAAUUAAGUCAUAUUGCAUGUCAAUUAUAUGGCAUAUAUAUUACAACCGCUUUAGUAGAAAGACUUUUUUCUACUAUGGGCUUUUUACAUUCACCAUUGCGAAAUAAAUUAAAACCUGAAAAAGUGAUCGCAAUGAGUCAACUUCGUGCAGAAAUUUUACGAGCUCGUAAAAAAAAAUCCAACUCCUUUCAUAUUCAAUCGAAUUAUCUUUCCACUUCACUUUCAUCUGUCGAUUCUAUCUCUUUUGCUUCUUUAGCUUCUGAAGAAAACAUUGCUGAUGAUACAAACGACGGUGCGAAUGAAGAUAUUUCUUCAGAAGCUGAUUGGGAUGAAAAAUUGUUAAUCAAUGAAGAAUUUGAAGAAGAACAAGAUGAUUUUGAUGCUGAGAUAGAUUUUCUUGAUUUAGAAACACAUCCUGCUAAAAAUCAAGCUGUGAAGUGA